AUGCCUCCCUCCCGGCGCAACCCCUACCGAGGCCGGUCCGGACCCGCGCACUUGACGCCCGAUCCGGUCGGCCGCGGCGCCGAUCUGCCAACGAGCGUCCGUCGCCGCCCCCCCGCGAUCCUCGCCAACGACCCACGCCAGGCACCACAGCUGCCGUUCUGCGCGACAACAGAGACACCUGACCCGUCCAAGGGGGCCCCCCCGCCCCGGCACGAGGAGCCGAACGACUUGUUACCCGGCCCCCGUCCGCUACCACCGGCCCGAGCCGCGCGAGGGCGCCGCACCGACCCCCGAGGGACCUCCGCGAGCCAGCCGCGCCGGGCGGCGGCCACGCGGCGUCACGGCUGGGCGCGCCCGCCCGAGGCCGCUCCCCCUGGCCUCCCGCGGGAGCAGUCCGAGGCUCGCCGCUUGUGGCGACUCCCGAGUCCUGGUGCCCGGCACGGCGUGAGGAGAGGGGGCGCCCGGAGUCCACACUCAUCCAACGCAGACAGACCACCCACCGGCGCGAAUGAGACGAGCCCGACCAACCGACGUGACCGGUGCCACGGACGCCGGCGCUCGGAGGAGGCCGCUGCCUGCAUUCAUCUGAGGUCCUGCGGUACCCCUCGAACGACCCGCCUGGAUCGCGGCCCCGGCGUCCCGGCGGAGCGCGCGAUCACGCGGGCAGCGGUGGCCGGUGCCGGCCCCCGCUCUCACCCCCCCCCCGACCCGACGCCGGAUGCGUCGAGUCGAGGCCGAGCAGGCGCCGCCGUCUCCCCUGUGGGCAGCGUCGACUCGCGAGGGGGGGGGGGCUCCCCGACCGGCCGGAUGAAUGAGCGUUUGCGGGCCCGCCGCGUCCACGCCGGAGGCGCCGAGGCGGCGCGGGGGCGGACGCGGCGCUCGACGACCGCGCGCGCAGCCCGCACCCGCGAGCAGGGGCGCCGCCCCUCAGCGCACGACAGCCCGAACCGAUCCCGGACCCGACCGCGACCGAACCAGCGACUCGCCGCUUGCGCCGGCGCGCACCCCGACCGACGACGCCUCCCCGUUAGUCGGACCCGAGAGCUCCUCGGAGCUUCUCGGCCCUCAGAUCCGCCGAGCGUUGUGGCUUUCACCGGCCCGCCUGCGCCCGACUGGGCCUACAUUCGCCCCGUCCUGCCGAACCCGGACCCGCGGGAGCGCACGUCGGCACGCGACGAGGCAGCGAGGGUGGCCGCCUGCGCGCUGCCAUGCCAGCGCCCCGUGCCCGCCUCCCCUAAUAGGCCUCCGCGCUUGACGCCCCAAAGACCGGCGGCGGCGCCCCUCCGACUGCGCCCCACUCCCGCCGCCACGCGCGCCGGCCCCCCCCCGGCGGCUCCGGUCGCCGCAGCGAGGGGCCAUGCCGCGUCGCCCCGAACUGACCUGCAUCGAGCACUCGCCCUUCCCGGUUCCACUACUCGCCACGAGCUGCAGGCCUCCGAGCUCUCCCCCCCGGAGCACCCGCAGCCAGACGGAAGUGUUGUCGCGCAAUGCCCUGAGGGCGCCCUGCGUCCUCCACAGAGCCACCAGAGGGGGAAAUUUUGA